AUGGUCACAAAUCACCUGGCGGGCAAGGUCGGUUCUCAUGUCUCUCGAGACCUUGCGCAAGACUUGGAAUCUAUCCAACAUAUCCUCACCGACACCCGCCUAUCCAUUCCUGCCCUUCAAUUGCUCUUAAAAACAGGCAACCAAUGUUCGAUACCAUCAUUAGACAAAGAUGAUGCCAUUACCAACGCGGCCCUCGAGGAACUCGUUCAAAUGGACCUCGUGACGGCAACGGACCCGCCGAAAUUGACGCCACGGGGUGCGGCCUGCACGCAAGCCGCCCUGAAUCACCACGCCGGCCCCGUAGACCGCGCAGCGCCAUCACCGCCGGCCGUCCGCGUCCUCCCCGGCUACCGACCGGGCUUCCUCGCCCGCUGCCUCGACAUGCACAUGGCCUACUACCACGCCAUCACAGGGUGGGGCCUCGCCUUCGAGACGGCCCUCGCGCGCGACUUUGGCGACAUCCUCGCCCGCCUCGCCUCGAGCCCGACGUCGCAGGUCUGGUCGGCCCUGGGACCGGACGACGGCAUCCUCGGCACGGUGCUCCUCGACGCGAGCGACGCCGACGUCGCGGGAGCCGCGCCACGCCGCCGGAGCGCGCAGCUGCGGGGCUUCAUCGUCGACCCCGCGGCGCGGGGGCUGGGCGUCGGUCGGAAGAUGCUCGACGCCGUCAUGGCGCACGUCCGGGCGGCGGGCGUGGAGGAGGUGAUGCUGCACACGAUGGGCUCGCUCGAGGCGGCGGUGCAUCUGUACCGCGGGGCCGGGUUCGUCGUGGAGAGCGUGUACGAGCAGGUCGUCUGGGAGGUGAGCCUUCCGCAGAUGAGGCUCAUCUGGCGGGCGGACGGCGCCGCCGCCGCCGCCGCCGCUGUGCAGGCCGCGGAGCUUGGUCCCUUGUGA